UUGAUUAUUCUAUGGGUAAAGCUCAAUCUAAGCUUAGCCAGGAACAGUUAUUAGAGCUUCAGGAUCUUACGAAAUUUGAUAAAAAGGAGCUUCAACAAUGGUAUAAAGGGUUUCUCAAGGAUUGUCCAUCUGGGCAGUUGUGUAAAGAAGAGUUUCAAGGGAUUUAUAAGCAGUUUUUCCCAUUCGGAGAUCCUUCAUCAUUUGCUGAAUAUGUUUUCAAUGUUUUUGAUUCGGAUAAGAAUGGAAUGAUUGAUUUCAAGGAAUUUAUAUGUGCUUUAUCAAUUACGUCUCGUGGACGUCUUGAAGAAAAAUUAAUGUGGGCAUUUCGUCUUUAUGAUAUUAAUAAUGAUGGGUUGAUUACGAGAAACGAAAUGCUUCAGAUUGUAGGAGCAAUUUAUAAAAUGGUUGGAAAUAUGGUUAAACUUCCUGAAGAUGAAGAUACACCCGAAAAGCGUGUAAAUAAAAUCUUUGGCAUGAUGGAUAAGGAUUGCGAUGGUUAUUUAACUUUAGAAGAAUUUAGAGAAGGCAGUAAAAAAGAUUCAACAAUCGUUCAGGCCCUAAGUCUUUAUGAUGGCCUUGUUUGAUAUUUUUUUCAAAAAGUUUGCGU